AUGCAGCCAGCUUUAAAUCCAGAAUCCACUGACACAGAUUACGUCUUUCUAUCACGAUGGGCUGUUCGAGAUUAUAAUAUCAGAAGAGGUGAUGUAAUAUCAUUGUCUUCUCCCAAAGACCCAAACCAGAAGAUAAUUAAACGAGUGGUGGCACUACAAGGCGAUGUUGUAAGUACGAUGGGCUACAAAAAUAAAUAUCUUAAAGUGCCUGAAGGUCAUUGUUGGGUGGAAGGUGACCACACUGGCCAUACUCUGGAUAGUAACACAUUUGGGCCAGUUUCUUUAGGAUUAAUCAACGCUAAAGCAGUUUGUAUUGUCUGGCCACCAGCCAGAUGGCAAAAACUUGAAGCUAAACUACCUGAAAGUAGAAAACCACUAAGUAUAGCUAUGUGA